ACGCGAAGGUGUGGAGUAUUGCGCGAGUACUGGACCGUCUGAGAAAUUUCACACACAUAAGUUCGCGAUAUUACGAUAUAGUAUUAAUAUAGGUUUAAUGCAGCGUAGGAACGAUUGUGCGUUUUGACUCGAUAUGUUGGCCCUCGUUGACUGAUUAAUUUCAUCUUAGCCCGUUGUUCAACACGUCUGAGAAGUUACGAAGAAGUGUGUCAAGCGAGGAAACGUCAUUUUAGGUAGAUUGACACGUGGUAUUGAUCGACAUCUCCGUUAAUUGCUAAAAAUGAAUAGCAUUGACCUCAUCUGAUCUCAUUAUAUUGCAGCUGAACAUUUAUCGCUGAACUUCGAGGUCAAAGGAAACAUAGUCUAGAAGGGUUGUAUCUAGGCUGUUCACGUUCAAAGCACAAAGCGUGGUUGGUACAAUAAUAUAAACGCACUCAAUAAUUGUGUCCACUCAACGACGGUCUAUAUAGAUGAAGAAUAGCAAGAGAAGGUACCAUUGCAGCUUGCGGUCAGCAUUAUGACCGGCGCGACGACCCCGGUCGUAAGCGACGACGAGAGGAGGAGGAGGUGCAGCGCGUCGCGGCGGCGCCCGUCAACCGCAUGCCGUCGUCACCGGCGCCGGCGUCGGCGGCGGCGAUGGCCGGCGGCGGACUGAUAGUGGUGCUGCUGGUGCUGUCGGCGUGCGUGGUGUGCGGUGCGCGAGCAGACUGUCCGGCGGCGUGCGAGUGUAAGUGGCGCAGUGGCAAGGAGUCGGCCAUCUGCGCGUCUGCAAACAUGACGGCCGUGCCCAGGCACCUGGACUACGGCACUCAGCUGCUCGACCUUAACGACAACCCGUUAUACAGACUGGGCAAGGACGCGUUCGCGGACGCCGACCUGCUCAACCUGCAGAAGCUGUUCCUGUCCCGGUGCCGAAUCAAGGCGCUGGACAGGUACGCGUUCCGCAAGCUCAACAACCUCGUCGAGCUGGAUCUGAGCCACAACAGCAUACCAGUGGUACCGUCAGCCGUGCUCGAGUCGGUGCCCGAGCUCCGAGAGCUCCGGCUCAACGGCAACCCGAUCAUGAAGGUGCCAAACGGCGCGUUCACUCACGUCCCACGGCUGGUCCGGCUUGACGUGUCGGGGUGCCGAGUGGCACUACUCGAGUCCACCGCGUUCGCCGGCCUAGAGAAUUCGCUCGAGUGGCUCCGGCUUGACAACAAUCAGCUGCGUGACGUCAAGCCAUCCACGGUCGUGUCGCUGGCCCGACUGCAUGGUGUCCAGCUCAACGACAACCCGUGGAACUGUUCGUGCAAGCUGCGACCGCUCCGAGAGUGGAUGGCCAGGCGGAACGUGCCGUUCGGCGCGCCACCUGUCUGCAAGACACCCGUCCGGCUGGCCCGGACGCCGUGGGACAAGCUCGAGCUAGACGACUUCGCGUGCGAACCACACUCGGUGCCCGUGUCGGCCGUGGUGGUGGUCACCGAGGGCGACAACGCCACCGUAUCGUGCCGUAUGUACGGCGUGCCCAUACCAUCGUCCAGGUGGACUCGCAAUGACCGGCCGUUGAGCCAGACGGGCCGCAGCGUGCCGGUCACCGAGGGCCGGUAUACGAACCUCACUAUCGUGUCGGUGGUCGCACAGGACGGUGGAAGUUAUGCUUGUGAGCUGGAGAACCGGUCCGGUAGCUCCCGGUCCAACGUCACCGUGAUCGUGGUCAAACGGUCUCCGCAGCUGGUACUGGGCGCAGAUCGGUACGCUCUGCCUGGGCUCAUCGUCGGCGUUAUACUGGUCCUGUCCUUUUGCCUCAUAUUUCUGUGUGGGCUGGCCAUCCGGUCCAAAGGCAGUCCGACCGGUUCCCGCGGCGUCCCAGUUUCCGGUCCACUCGACUCCGCCGUCGCCAAUAUCGAUGCCGAUCCGUUCGACCGAUACGAGAAGAUCGAAAUGGACCGGAACGACAACAAUAAGUCGAUGCAGCAUCGCCUGCACCAACUUCCGGCUUCGUCUUCCGAUAUGAACGGCCGACCGGAUCCACCGGGUUACACAGAGUCUGCGGCCACUUCUAGCGGACUUCUGCACCAUCGUCACGACGAGCACGAAGACUACGACGGGCUUCCGCCAAUCGACGAGCCACCCUCUUCAACGGCACCGUCCAUCACGGAUCGGCCGACCGCUCGUCCCAGCCAUCCGACCACCAACGUCCCGCACAGGCCUCGUAUUUUGCCGGAUGAUCCUACGGAUGGGAAAAAGAAAACUUAUUUAGAGUGUAACUUGGGUGAAGUAACGUUACAUCAUCAUGUGUUACAUAAAGAAUCUCUUCCGGCAGGUCACCUUUACACUACUGCGGCAGGUCGACAGGAAUUAUUUAAUACGAAAAAUGUGCCUGACCUCUUGGACACAUUAGUUCCUACCAAAGGUCGCCGAAUUUCGCAAACACUUCCUAGGUCUGGAAUUAGCUCAAAUAGCAGAAGGAACACUGUGUACACACCAAGACCAUCAGAGAGUCAAUCUCCUUUACUACUAGGAAGUCGUAGCAGUGGUGGCAGCAAUACCAGUCGAAGCCAACUGUCCUUUGAUUCGUCCAUAUCGUCCGAUCAUCCAAGGCAACUGACGGCCGGUCAGAAGUCGAGCAGUUACCUGAACCUUUCCACAGCCAGCUGUGGCGGCGGCGGAGGUGAUUACGGCGGUGGGUCUUCGAGCGGAUAUCAUCACCAACACCACCCGUCGUACUAUUGGACGCCACCCAGCUUGCCGUCAUCGCCUGCCAGGGAGCGCCGGCUGCCCGCCAUACCGGUGGGUCGUGGCGCCGGACUACCCACCGCGGCCGCUGAGACCCCCAUACUCGAUCCGCUGUCGUCCAGGCGGCGGACUUAUGGCGGAACGGGUGGGGGCGGUGGUCACCAUCACCACAACCACAGCAACGGGGGCGGUGGUAACCAGAUGCACAACCAGUUGACCGGUAGCAACCAUUCGCUACUGUCUAUGUCCGACGGUGCGUCCGUCACGUACGACUAUCACACAGCUCAACUGGACAUGUUUCUGGAUGAGUACAAGACGCUCAGGAAGGAGCUGACCAAGAUGCAACGGACGUGUGAUACGCUUCGGCUAUCCAACGCCUCGCUGGCCUCUUCGGUGGCCGUCCCAGACGCGGUCGACCACCGGUCCAAACCGGAACCAUUGGCCGCUCCCGCCGCGUCGUCAUCGUCGUCGUCGAGGACCACGCCCAAGUCGAUACUCAAGAACAAGAACCAAGCCACUUACGUCUACCGGCCUGGUGGCGAGCGGCGCAACAGUUACCACCAGCUGGACCCGGCACCCGACGACAUUUAUCUGAGUUAACCUCGUCGUCCUGCUCACCGAGGAAACCCAAAGACCGACGCCCCAUCAAUAUAACAUUAUUAUUAUUAUUAUGAUUUUCUUAUUAUAUUAAAUAAUCACCACAUUAUGCUCGCAUAAAACCCGUAUAAUCGUAUAUUAAUGUAAUGUAUUAAACUCGAUCUCUCUAACUCCAGUGGCACAACUAGAGAAGUGAUGGCGUUGUAACCAGACAUUACCAUUGAAACGCCACACACAUCAUUAAGAUUUUACUCAAUUUAAACCCCCCAAACACCCGUAGAGAAAAAAUGUCGAUAUCCGUAACCCCCCCCCCCCCCCCGCGCAAAAAAAAGAUAGAAAAAGAAGGAGGAAUCCUGGUUACAUUAUUUAGUAACUCUCUUUCUGGUAAUUGUAUUUACGAUUGUUACCAUUCACUGUAGCUGGUUUGUUGUUGAUUGAACGGAAGUGGCUUUAACACAAACUCACAGUGAGCUUCGGGCCACAAUAAAAUAAAAAAGUACGGUCACCCAUUAAUAAUAUAACAAUAUUUAAAACACCGUCGAUGAUCUAAUUUUCACAGACCUUAAAAGGUCGUUUUAUAAAAAAAAAAAUAAAAUAUAAAUUAUAUUGUUAAGCAAACUUGCUAUGACGUUUGUAUAAUGGUGAAAACCAAAAUGACAUGCAAUAACAUCCAUGGUUCAAUAUUGAUGGCAUUGUUUAUCUUAUCUUAAUGUUUAAUAUGAAUUCUAUUGGGUUAAUUUGAUUAAACCGUAUGAAAAAUAUAACAUUUCAAAUGACGAAAGUGAUCAUAAUAUGUCAUGCCGUGUAUGGUAUUUAGUUAAAACAUUAAGUUAUUAUUUUACAUCAAAAUUAUUCAAUGGUAUAUAUAUUUUGUUUAUUCUCGUUGCUUUAUCAAGUUUAUCAAUUAAUGUUUUUUCAAUUUCAUGGUGGGGCUAAUAGCUUAAAAUUUAUUUUACCAAUAUUUCAACGAUUUCCGUUUCAAAAAACUAUAAGAAUAUAAACCAUAUAAACCGUAUAAAAUACGAAUGUUUUAAAAAAAUAUUGAAACAAAUAUAAACCAUUAAAAUCACAUCAUUGUACUAAGUUUUCAUUUUUGAAUUUAUAAAAUUAUUACAUGUACUCCUACCUAUAUCAAACAUUUAAAUAACAAUAGUUUAAUAUUUAGUUUUCAAAAAGUACAAUUACCUGCUUUUUAAUUUUAUGAGAACAAUGUUGUUGUACAAUAUAAUAUUUGUAUUAUUUCAAUUUCAACCAUUAAUAAUAAAUAGGUUAUCCAAACAAUAAAACAUAAUAUAAUAACAAAGAUGCUCAUAAAUUUAAAAUGUGUUUUAUAUUUAUAAGAAUAUUUUUUUUUAAUACCGAAUAAAUAUUUCAAAAAUACAUUUUUUUAUUAUAAUCUACGAUUGUGUAGGAUCUCCUCUAUUGAUAUCGAAAUAAAUAAAUGAAAACAGCCAUGAGUAAACCAAGAGGGUACAAUAUUAUGUUUUAUGUACCUAUGUAAUAAAUGAUGUAAUAAUAUUGUUAACAUUGUUAUACAUAAUUAUUUAGAAUGUUAAAUAGUUAUAAGUUAAGAGGACACAUAAUAUUAUUACAAUGUUAAAUGUUUUCAAAAAUACUAUAAUCGUUACGAAAUAAUUAAUAUUACGAUAUCAUUAUUUUAUAGAUUAUCCUAUAUUGUAAGUUAUUUCUUAUCUUAAUCUAAUAAAUGUAAAAAUAUUAUAAUAUUUUCAUAGAAUGUAAAUAUAGUCAUGUUAAUAACUAUUAUGAAUAAAACAAAAUACUAUUAGUAGUGA